AAGUGGUGGUGGUGUUUGGGGUUCGUGGAGUGUUAAAAUCAACUCCCAAAUUCAAACUGGUUUUGUGUUUCAUCCAAAUUCCAAGCUCAGUCCCAACAUGCAAUCCUCACCACUCUACCCGACCAAGACCUUCACCACACACCAUCACCACCUUAGCUUCCACCGCACACUCUCUUCUACCCACAACCCCUUCACCUCUCUUCCCUUCUCUUCCACCUUCCCCAAACCAUGUUUCACAAGGGUCAUAGCCCAAGCCCAGAAACCCAACCACAACAACAAGAGAGGUCCUAAACAGGGUGUGAGAGUGAAGGGCAACAAGGAGAAUGUGUGGAGCUUCGACAACGAGCUUGCAAAGAUGGCUGCACAGAAGGAUAAGGGGAGAGGGAAGAAGCAGAGAGGGAGGAGGAUGGUGAAGACCAAGAGGGGUAAGGGUGGUAGGGUCACUGUCACUGGAGCUAUGUUGGUGGAGGUUGAGACUGUUCUUCAGACUCAGGAACCUGUGAUUAAACCAGCAUGGAACACAUUUGCCAGCAGUCUCAGUGGAAUUUGGAAAGGUGUAGGUGCUGUCUUUUCUCCCAUUACAGCUGAAAUGGAGCCAAUGGAAAUCGGUAGAAAGAAUGAAAACCUGUAUGACUGCUAUACUCUUACCCGUAUAGAGGAAGUGCCAUCACUUUCAGGUGAUCGAACAUCGCAAAUCCAGAGAACGGUUAAUUGGGUGACUUUGAAUCCUUAUGGUGAAACACAACAUAUUGAAGGCAGCAAAACAGCUAAAGAUGGAACCAAUGAUCUUAAUGCUCUUACAUUUGCUAAUGAAAAUAAUGUUUUGCCUACAUUUGGAUCCUUUGACUUUGAAAGAAGUGAUGUGAUGGAAGAAGAUGUCAUGAGAUGUGAACCGGGCCUUGUUUACUUCGAAGACGGUUCUUAUUCUAGAGGUCCUGUAAAUAUUCCAGUGGGUGAAUAUGAUGAUUCAAAUUACUAUAUCACACCAACUUUCAAGUUUGAACAAUGCUUAGUCAAAGGCUGCCAUAAAAGGAUCCGUGUCGUCCAUACCAUAGAAUUCAUUAAUGGUGGUUCAGACAUACAGAUAAUGAGAGUUGCUGCAUAUGAAGAAACAUGGGAUAGUCCUGCUAAUGUCAGUGACCAGAGUGACAUGGAGUUUGAUUUAGAGCCAUUUUCUCAAAGAAAACGAACCAAGCCAUCCGAGCUGACAGGGUCUUGGAAAGUUUUCGAGGUCAGCGCUACACCAGUGUAUAGUGAGGACACAAAGGUAGAAGAAGGCAACGACGCCCCAUACGUGUACCUCUGUACAGAAAAUCUGAAGAAGAGAAGCUUUCCCGAGAGUACCAACUACUUCGGCGAAGAGGAGAGGCUUGACAUGCAGGACGUGACCAUGCUAUGGCUUCCCGGGGGCAUAACCUGCUAUGUUGAUGUCAAUAAGGAUGGUGUUCUUUGUAUUGGAGUUGGUUGGUACUCUGAUGAAGGAAUCAACCUUGUGAUGGAGAGAGACUAUGGGUUGGAUGGAAAACUUAAAGAGGUAAGAUCGAAAUGUGAGGUCAAGAGAAGAUGGUCUAAUCCACCCAAUUUGUAAAUUCUGUUUCUGAGGGUUACCAGUUUGUAAAUUGUUUAGCAUGAGAAAUACUACAGAGAACAUUUCAAUGUUAUACGUAAUAAAUCAAGUACAACUGUGUUCAA